UGUGACGUCAUUGCCGCGGGGCGGAGGCGACCGUGUCUGAGGAGAGGCUCCGCGUGCGGGCUGCCAGUGCUGGCCGACUUCCCGGCUUGGAGGCAGCGAGAAUACCUGCCACUGCCCGCUUUCCCUUGGUGGUCCACUCACAACUAGUCCCGCCUGGAGAUGGCAGAUGAUCUUGGAGACGAGUGGUGGGAGAACCAGCCCGCAGGAGCAGCCGGCAGCCCAGUGUCAUAAGAGACUUCGUGUAUCUACCCUACUCUCUUUGAUACAAGUUACAGUACAUACCAUAAUUACUCUCAGGUCCUUCCUUCUCUUCUCCCCCCACUUUCAUCUUGGAGCCCUAUGGAUCUAGAAGGAAUCCAGAGAAGCAUCAGAUGGUGAAGGAGAAGGAGACCCAGAAAUGACGAAGCAAGAGACAGCUCCAGCUCCUGCCCUGUCAAGGAAAACCAAACAGCCUAAAGAAUGUUUCUUGAUACAACCAAAGGAAACAAAAGAAGGUGCUACCAAGACAAGGAGGAGAAGAAAGAAGAAAAUUACUGAUGUUCUUGCAAAAUCAGAGCCAAAACCAGGGACCCCUGACGACCUACAGAAGUUGAUGAAGGACUAUUACAGCACCAAUCGCUCAGUGAUUGAAUUAGAAGAACUAAACCUACCAGACUCCUGUUUCCUCAAGGCCAAUGAUAUGACUCAUAGUCUUUCAUCAUACCUAAAAGAAAUCUGCCCUAAGUGGGUAAAACUUCGGAAAAACCAUAAUGAGAAGAAAUCAGUCCUGAUGCUGAUCAUCUGCAGCUCUGCUGUCCGAGCUUUGGAGCUCAUUAGGUCGAUGACAGCAUUCAGAGGAGACAGCAAAGUUAUGAAAUUAUUUGCAAAACACAUAAAGGUCCAGGAGCAGGUAAAGUUGCUGGAGAAGCGUGUUGUGCACCUGGGAGUAGGAACACCAGGGAGAAUUAAAGAACUCAUUAAACAAGGUGGCCUUAAUUUGAACCCCUUAAAGUUUCUGGUUUUUGACUGGAACUGGAGAGAUCAGAAGUUGAGGAGGAUGAUGGACAUUCCCGAGAUAAGAAAGGAGGUUUUUGAACUUCUGGAAAUGGGAGUCCUCAGUCUGUGCAAGUCUGAAUCUUUGAAGCUGGGCCUUUUCUAAGUCUGGGUCCUAAUGAAAAUUCCAGUUUUUAUGGUGGGAUUUGCAUCUCAUUUAAUAGCUCUGGAAUAUUGCAAGGACUCAGUAAAUAUCAGCUAUUGUUUAAUUAUGUUAAUUGCAUCACCAGGUGAAUCACUAGAAAUUUUUGGUGGAGAUUCUUUGACAAAAAUGAAGCUGUCUUUUGCCAACUUCUCUGUAUAAUAAAGUAUCAACAGCUUGUGUAUGA